AUGGAGAAGGCUCGUAGCAUGCUACACUACCAGGGUGUUAGUAUGGAAAGGUGGGCAGAGGCUGUAUGCACAGCAGUAUACUUGAUCAACCGUUCUACUAACACAGCUUGCUCAAACUCGACUCCAUUUCAGUUGGCCUACGAUAAGAAGCCUCGUCUGGACCAUUUGCGCGUAUUUGGGUUGCAAAAGUACGCCCACAUUGAAGAUGUGAAGCGGAAAAAGCUCGAUUCCAAGAGCUUUCGCUGUAUGUUUCGAGGGUAUGCUGAAAAUGUUAAGGGAUAUCGUCUCUAUGACUUGGACAAUCUUAAGAUCAAGACAUCACGUUCUGUCAACCUGGACGAGCGUGAGGUGGCCGGUAUAUACGACACGCGGUCGCCGCAGCUUGAAACAAUCGUCCGUGUGACCGCUGAACAUACUGAUGAGAAUCUAUCACCUGUGGAGAUAGAGCAAUUAACGGACGAGCCCAUGGAAGUCGAUGAAGACCCUGGUAUGGAUGUGGAGAUGGAUGAGGUGGAUGAGAUGGAACAUGAGCAGAUGGUCAAUUAUCCUCGACUCCGGUCAUCAGGACCUACAUCAGUUGGGCAUGAACUGACCGAAUGUUCUCCUCCGCAGCCAGUUUUCGAGGAAGACCGGUUGGUGUUUCACCCUGAGACAACAUUCUCAAGGCGAUCCAGGGAGUCAGAAUUGCUACUCGAGGACGAGAAAUUUGAUGACGAAGCACAUCAGUCAGAAUGGAGUGAUGGACCACCAUCACCAAAGCGUGACAGAAUCGAAGAUGAAGGGUUGCUGGCUGAGGAAGUAUUCACAUAUGCUGCAAAUUUUGACGGCAUUCCAGACACACCAAACACGUAUGCAGAAGCCACUGCUAGUGGUGAAGCAGAUAGAUGGAGUAAGGCUAUUGAUGCAGAGCUUCAUUCUCAUGCCCAAAAUCACACGUGGACCCUCAUUCCACGUAAAACGAACAUCCGGUCGAUUGGGUGCCGUUGGGAUUUCGCUAAGAAGCGGGAUGAGAGCGGUCAAGUUAUUAGAUACAAGGCUAGACUGGUGGCUCAAGGGUUUAAUCAGAAGUUUGGGGUCGACUUCUUCGAAACAUACUCGCCAAUGGCCAACAUGAACUCAAUCCGAGUUGUGCUUGCUGUGUGUGCGGCACACGCCUACAUGAUGGAGCAGCUGGACGCUGAUACAGCGUUUCUGAACAGUACGUAG